AUGGCAAACACGAGGCCUCUGGUAGCAGGACCGGCGUCCGGGCCGGAAUCUCCUUUCCCAUUGCAGAUGGAAGGCAAGGUCAUCAAGGGCUUUGGCCGGGGGUCCAAGGAGCUGGGCAUACCGACUGCCAACCUGCCGGUCGACGCCACCGUGACCCCCUGGAUAUCGGACGCCAAAUCCGGCGUGUACUUUGGUUGGGCCUCCCUCGAGCUGGGGCCGGACCAUCCUAACCACAAGAAGUCGUCGUCGUCGUCGUCAUCUUCGUCGUCGACGGGCGAGGGCAGAUUCUCAAUCUUCCCCAUGGUCAUGUCGAUCGGGUACAACCCCUUCUACAACAACACAGUGCGCAGCGCGGAGGUGCACGUCCUGGACAAGUUCGCGGCCGACUUCUACGGCGUCGACAUGCGCCUGCUGAUACUCGGCUACAUCCGUGACGAGAAGAACUACGAGGGCCUGGACGCCCUGAUCGAGGACAUCAACACGGACUGCGAGGUCGCCAGGAGGAGCCUGGAAAGGCCGGCGUGGAAGCCUGCUGGCGAGCAGGACGGGAAGCUGGACUGCUCGUGGCUCACGAGGUAG